AUGAUGGAGAUGUCACUGGCUGAAGGCCUCCUCCUCCUUUCCUUGUUGAGUUUCCCACUCCUCUACCUGAGCAGCACCACAGUCAAAUAUUAUUGCAAAGUGGGCUUCCUAUUUUUCUUGGUGGGUUUUGCUUGUUUGGGGAUCAUCCUCCUCUGUGCUUACAAAGGACGCAACGUGGACAAUAUGAGGAUUCAUAACAAGCUACUCUCUCCCAUUAAAUAUGUCUUUGGCAUCAAAUUCAAAAUCCAAGGCCUCGAAAACCUCCCAAAUGAAGAGUGCUAUGUGAUGGUGGGCAAUCACCAGGGAUAUGUUGAUAUAGUUGCAAUGUCUCAGUUUCUUCCACCACGAUGCGUCGCUAUUGCUAAAAAGGAGCUUCGGUUUGUAGGAUUAUUGGGGCUGACUUUCUGGCUGUGUGGCUACUUCUUUAUUGAUCGUGAGCGGAAAUCUCAGGCCAUCAACACUAUGUUACACAUACAGAAAACCAUGGUAGCAGAAAAGUUCCAGAUCUUUAUAUUCCCUGAAGGCACCAGGAACCAGAACACUUCCAUGUUGCCCUUCAAGCAUGGGGCUUUCCACCUAGCUGUACAGGCCCAGGUUCCUGUAGUGCCUGUGGUCAUCUCUUCUUACCAUCAUUUCUUUAAUACAAUGGAGAGAAAGUUCACAGAAGGGGAGUGCACCAUUCAGAUUCUGCCCAAGGUGGAAACGCAGGGCCUGACGGCAGACAGUGUCCCAGAACUCACCAAGGCUGUGCGAGAUGCCAUGUUGAAAGUAUUCAACCAGAUCUCAGAAGAAGUAAAACAGUGA